UGCUCUCCUCCUCGCUCCCCCGCAAACCCUAGCAGGAGGAGCGCUGAGCCGCGGCGGAAAUGGAGUCGCACGUGCUGGUGGCGCUCGCCCUCUCCUUCGUCGGCGGCCUCAGCACCUCCCUCGGAGCGCUGUUCGUGAUCUUGAAUCCUAGCCCUGACCUUAAGAGGCUCGGCCUCCUCCAGGGAUUUGCUGCUGGACUUAUGUUGAGCAUUUCGUUUCUAGACUUGGCACACAAUGCUCUCAAUUCUAUAGGCUUCUUGAAGGCCAACCUUUGGUUUUUUGCAGGAGUUUUAUUCUUCGGUUUGAUCGUCAAGUUUAUUCCAGAGCCAACCUUUGUGCCAACAACUGAUGCAAGCAAGAAAAAGACUGAUGAUGAUGGGUCGGGCAAAGAUAUGAUGAAAAAGCAUCGUCGACAAGUCUUAUUCAGUGGUAUCAUCACAGCUGUUGGAAUCAGCUUGCACAAUUUCCCUGAGGGAAUGGCUGUAUUUCUUGGAUCUGUGAAGGGCCUUCGAGUGGGAGUUAACUUGGCUUUUGCUAUUGCUUUACAUAACAUACCUGAGGGGGUUGCUGUAGCUCUGCCACUCUACUUUGCUACCAAAAGCAAAUGGCAAGCAUUUAAAUAUGCAACACUCUCUGGUCUGGCUGAGCCACUUGGAGUGUUUUUUGUAGCUGCCUUUUUUCCGAGCAACUUAAACCCUGAAAUUCUUGAAGGCCUGCUGGCAUCAGUUGGUGGUGUUAUGGCAUUCCUCACUUUGCAUGAAUUGUUACCUCUAGCAUUUGACUAUGCUGGCCAGAAGCAAGCUGUCAAAGCAGUGUUCGUUGGCAUGGCUGUCAUGUCUGCAAGCUUGUAUUUCCUGGAAAUCAGCCUACCGAAGGAAAUCAGCCUGUAGCAUGACUGCGCACCUGAACCAUAUCAGCUUUUUCGCAGUAUCCUCUGAAGCCUUAGAACUUCGCCAUAGAUCUUCAUUUUCUUGCGCUCCGCGAGGAGGGUGUGUGGGAACGGAGCACUCCUCUUUCAGAAACAAGAAUUAUGGCUAGAUUGUUUCACUAGCCAUGUGUAGGCUAUUACUCCUGGUCAUCGUGUCUGACCAUUUACAGUGUACAAACAACAUGGUGGCUGCAAAACAACACCCAUAAUCAGAAGGUAACCGCCAUAUUUGUGGUCAGGUAUACAGAUGGAACUGAUCGAGGCAAAUUUGCACCGUUUACUGGUUUCCACCCGGGACACAGUUGUUAAAAAUUACCCACAAGUAUGACUGUAGUGGUUUUGUUCAUCAUUGAUUUUGUUCCAACAUUAUACAGCUUUAAUUCAUUUCGUA